UGCUCUUCGAACUGAAAACUCAUGGUCGAUUAUUUUGCCCUCUGUAGCGAUUGUUGGAACUUGAGAGAGUGCGGUACCGCUCACGCCAAAGCGCCAAAGCGGUUAUUGCCAUUGUGAUUCCAAAUGAGUUAGUAAUGUCAUCAACGAAGUCGUUUAUAAGGCCAUUACUAGAAAAACACGAGGUGAUCCUGAUUUCGGACGACGAGGACGAGCAGGAUAGCCGGGAUACAAAUGUAACUGGAUGCGUCCCGAUCAGCAAGCGCCGGCGGUCAAGUAGCACGGUUUCUCUGUGUAACGAUAACAAUUCUAACGGCACACCGCCACUGUGUGAACCACAAACGAACAAUAAGAAGCCCAAAGUCAAAGAUGAAUUUUCCGAGGGACCUGAAGCCAGCUGUCGUAUAUCACUGGGAAUAGACCAACCGGUUUCUGAAGUGCCGGGCCCUUCGUCAUCACGAGUAGAAGAAAAGAAUUGCGAGAGAGACAACCCUGUAGAAUCGGACGCAACCAACACGAAAUCUGAAGCAAGACACUUUUCAUCGUUGGUAAUAGACGAACCGCUUAUAACACCAUUGCCUGUGAACGAGGGAGAAACUUUCAACAGGGCUGAGUACAAGGUUCCACCUCUACUAAUUGAGAUGUCUGAGCAGUCAAACAAGAUUGUGAUUCAGUUCCUGGAUACCUGUAUGCCUCAUCUCCCCGAGCGGGAUCGUCCGCUAAUUCUGCAAAAAGUGAAGGAGUUGCUGAACCAGACGAACUUGCACUACCUGGUGUCUGAUCGUUUCCGCAAGACUGUUGCCUCUAUUGCGAAUUCCGUGCAAAAAGACAGCGAGAGUACAAAUGUGUAUAAUUGCAUCAGGGAGCUCGCGGAUGAGCUGCGGUCUCGUCGGGAGAAGAAGAGUAAAAAAAAGAAGACAUCCUGUGUUGUGGUGGGUGAAGGCUCAAACACUUCUUCUACAGGUUUCACUGGAACCUCGGACGAGGACACUUCGGAUAGCAAACAUGGCAUACCAGACAUGCCUUUAGCCUCCGACUCCGUAGCAUCACAUUCAAGACUGUCAGCCUCAGUGUCUUCAGCAUUGUCGUCGAGUGCGGCACCAGACAGUUCAAGUGUGGCACAAACUGAGACGACUAGUGCGGCUGUGACGAAAAAGCAGUGUGUGGAUGAAAGAGAAGGGGAGAACCGUGAAGAAAAGUGCAGCAAUGGUGUUGAUAGUGCAGGGGAGACAAGUGGGGUCUCGCAGGUCUCUGAGAAGCAGCUUCGGAUUGAACAUUACAUUAGGAAGUUGGAAAAGCACCUUGUUAAAUUGCAUAGGGCUAUAAAGAAGUUACGUGAAGAAGAGGUGGACUUGAAUUGCGAUGAUGACAACUCUGCCUACAUUCAGGAAGAUAAAUUCAAGAGGAAAGCUGUUGCUGUUUGGCAAAAGAUAUGUGAAUUGGAACAGAAGCGCGUCACCACAGGCCUUGAGCGGGAAAGGAAGUUCCGCUACAAAGGCACCCGUUUCACGGAGAUUAAUGCCAUGGUGGAGAAAGUGGUCAACAAGCGUCGCAAUAACCGUCGCGUAUUCCCAGACUACAAGGAUAUCUUGGAUGUGGUGCGAUCAGGAAAUGAAACACAUGGCCUUGGGCUAAGCGCAAGGGAGGAGAAAUGUCUUGCGGAGGAAGUGUUCCAGGAGGUUGGACGGGAGUUGCAAAGACGACGACAGCGGGAUGAGCUGGCCGAUGCUGAAGCUUACCUGGAAGAUGUCCCAGAUUUACCCUCCACGGGCGAUCCCGCUAAGGAUGACAAAGAGCUACUCGAAAAGCUUGAAAAUAAUGCCAAGCUGUCCCGGAGCAAGCUUAAUGAGGUCAUUGAGGUGUACGUGGCCAAGCAGGAGGAGCUGAAACUGGAGGCAAAGGAGGUUGAGCAGGAUAACUGUGACCUGUCCUCGCAUCCUAGUGAAAGUGGCGAGAGUGAAGAUGAAGAUGAGGAUGAUGAUUACUUGAGGAACCCCAGUGCGAGUCUCAAUGAUGUUAGUCCCAGCGAAAGUGCUGUUGAGCAAGAGAAGACAAAACUGGAUUCAGAGGGCAUCUGUGACUUGUCUACAUCAAACAAUAGCAGUGAGAGCGAGGACAGUGCAAACGAGGAAAACGAUUGCAAAGAAGAGGAAUACGUGAAGGUCUUUGAAAAGGAUUCUUUGGGGAAUGACAGACGUUCUAGCAAAGCUGAUGUGAAAGACAAAGUGGGUGGUGAAGCUGCUCGCCAAGUCAUCUCUCCAAUUACUGUUGAAGAUAAAGAGAGCUCACAGACGCCACCUGCUGAUGGGGAUUCACAUCAAGGUGUGCCACACGUGGAAAAAGGAACAGAUGGUCAAGACAGCUCGCCAUGCGGAGCCCUUCACCAGGGAAGUUUGCUUCCUGGCACUGAGACAACCUCUGGAACCAAAGGUAGCCACAAAGAAGUGCCUCAGCUCCUCACAAAGAAACGAGAAUGCAGCCUCAAGCAAAGGCCUUCACCAGAGGAAGAUGUCAUCACAAUACUGUCAGAUGAUGAGGAGCUUCUGCCUCCGCCAGCAAAAAUUGCAAAGCACACAAGCCUUUAGGUGGACAUUGAAGGGGCUGGUGUAUUAUCGUUAGUAAUUGUACGUUUCGUGUAAUUGACAGAGACCAUAUUCCAUUGCAGGCAUUUAGUGUUCAUUCUUAAGUCUGGUGGUUUGUGUCCCUGAGUGCUUCAGGCACCAUAACCUAAAACUCCAGGGCUGCAGUUGCCCUAAGGGGCUCCCAGACAUUUCUAAAGAGUGUUCUUGGACUGUGCUUGACCUUUUUUUUUCUUUUUUUUUUUUCUCUUUACUUGAAGCAGCAGCAGGUUUUAUGCUAGUUUGAAGCUAGUUCAGCUGGUUCCAGGAUUGCUGCUUCCAAUGGGCUCUCAAUGAGUUGCUCAAUGGUGUCUUGUACCACAGCCAUAUAGUUUGGCUAUGUAAAAAACGUUUGUCUCUCCUACUGGCUACAUUAAUUUUGCAUCUGCAGUUUAUAUCUGCUGGCAGCAUGAGUUGAUGCAGACAUUCUGAUGACCAUGUUCCUGAUGCUACUCAGUGUGACACAUGUUAGAUGCACCAUUGGUAAGAAUCCUUUUGCCUUGUACAGUCGCCCAUUUUUUUAACGUGAACGCGCGAGUGUCGACCACCGAGUUGAGAAGCGCCGUACAACGGAGCGCAGCGGCGAAAUGAACGAGAAUACGUGCAUGCGCGCUAUGAACAGUCGUGGGCAGCUGCCGUCUGCUAGGCUUUUCCUCAGGAGGCAGCUGACCAAGACUGCUCAUUGCGCGCAUGCGCGUAUUCUUGUUCAUUUCGCCGCUCCACUCCGUUGUACGGCGCUUAUCAUCUUGGCGGUCGAUGCUCGCGCGUUCACAUUAAAAAAAUGGGCGACUGUACAUUAAGGGCUCCCUGAGAUGCACAGAAGUUGUAAUUGUUGGCCUACAAAAGUGAAACCAUGUUUAGCACCCCUUUAGUAUGCACCUUGUAAUUAAUUUCUGAGCUGAUUACGAACUUGGGAGCUUACAGUGGUGUACACUUGUAAUUUUGCAGUUGUACUAAAAAUUGAAGAGUGUUAUAUUUUUACAUUUAGGCCUUUUUCUCCAUGCUCACGCAUUACUUUGUACAGGUAGUUGGGCCAAACCAUUUUCCAUAUCCUAGAGCGCUUGUGUUUGCCUGGGCCUUUCUUUUUUCACAUAAAUAAUUAAGUUUUGUGGUUUUAUGCACUGAUAUCAGGUAGUGCUUCUGGCAUGGGAAUCGGCCGGAAGUGUGGCUGAGAAACUUCUCUUUAACUUUUUACUUUUCUCCACAGACUGAUGCUUUAUGCAUAUUGAAUCACUGCCACUGUGUUUUCCCCUGAGACUAUUGGUGGGCAAAUGCAAGCCUCAGAAACGUGGACAUGUAGUAGCACUCAAGCAUGUCGGUAUUUCUUUCACUUUUCUUUUUUUUAGUCAAAUGUUGCUGUGUACACUGAGUGAUGUCUACAUCUUUGGCAUGCUGGAUGCAUGUUUAUGCUAAAUUUACACGCAUAUGGAGAAAACUGGCGGACAAGCUUGAACAAUUAUGCAAUAUCCUAAGGUGUAAUGAUUGUCGGAGCCCUAUUGGUGCAAGUGAGUGUUGUGUCAACCGUACAAUGAGGACAUGGCAGAACUGCACUCACGAAUCGGCCACACCAUUGAUUUGUAGGCUUAAUCGCAGACUGUAAUAUUAUUUAGUAGAAGCAAAGCACAAAAGCUGUUAUAGAUAAACCUAAAUAUAACGGACUUUAGUAGUACAGUCAACUGCUGAUUUUUUGGACAUGCUCGAAAGUUUGGAUGCUUUUGCAGCACCGCCACAAGCCCCCACAGAGGCAGUGUGUAAGAACGUCCAAAAUUUCGGAUGCUGAAACUAUUUGCUGAAAUUAUUAAUUGAAGCCACCACCGCUGCCAUGUUGAUCAUCUCGCAGACUUGAGCCAGAGCUUUCGAGAGUCCAUCCGUUUGCGGCCGUGGUGGAUUUUGAAAGUAGGCUUUGCCACAAUGCCAAGGUGUUAUGAGGUGAAACAUACCGAGAAUCUGAAGGGGCCACUGUCACGGCGCAGUGCGGCUAUGCCUUUAUGGAUAAGCACCAAAAAUGCACGGAGGCAUAAUGGUGGCAGGCGGCAGCGGCACCAGUGCAAUUUAAAUGCUCUGAAAAUCCUAUUACAACAGGCAUCUUCAGCUAACUGCUCAGUGGGGCAUGUGGACCAGUGCAGUUGUGAGCGUACUGCUUGCUUUUAAUAGGCGACAACCAAAACACUCUGCGUCACUGUUUCAUUGCUGCCCCUUUGUGCGAGACCACUAAGUGCACCGCACAGACGCAUUGCUUUCAGGAAGAAAAGCAGCUUGCCAUUGCCGCACCCAUGUGCAGUCAGUAACUGAGUGGGUACGACAAACCCUCGAGGCAAACGCAUGCGUACGCUGCAGUAAGCACUCCGGCAGUGAUGGCAUGAGCUUAGUAGGAGACGUGCUGCACACAACUAGGAAGGAUCAACUGGUUUCUCUGCAGGUACUGAAUGUAUUCAUGAAAACAUGUGUGAGCACCGAAAUGCCUGAUAAGUGCACUGGCAGGCUUUGGGAGCUUUUUUGGAUGCUACUGUAAUGAUUUGGCUGCUUGAGUGACAUAAAAAAGUGAAUUCAUUUCGCCUAAUUUUUCAGAUGAUUUCGGUCCCUAGGGAGUCUGAAAAAUCGGACGUUGACUGUAUAAAGAAAAUGUCGAUAUAAUGAAGUAUUUGUUUUAAAAACUUCAUGUUCUUAGAGCACCAUCUAUUUUUCUACCUCAAUAUAGCGAAACGUUUUUAUCUACAGUUUUGUUAUAACGAUGUUUUACUGCUGCCCCAGAAGGCCAAGGCAGCAAAUUGAAAUUUCUGCUGGUGGCCAGUGGUCAUAUGGUUGAGUUGCGCGCAGUUUUUGCCAAUGCACUUUUCAAAUUGCGUGCCACGCGACUGUCUGCAACAGACAAUGGCCGCUGAAGUGGAGCAGCACGUUUUACAGCAGCUGCUACUGGGAAAGGGUGCACCAUUUCAGUGCUCACUGUCCGCAAUCCUGAACUCAAGAAAGAAGCUUUUCGCAACUUCUAAAAAUAUAUUCUUAGCAAAAGCAAUCUGAGCAGGCACGCAAAGCUUCUUUUGGUAAGGGCACAGCUGUAAGAAGUUUUGAGCAGCUGAGCAAUAAUUUUGGAGUUGCUCACAGUUACCAGCUGCAUCGCUAUGACGUAAAAAAAUUGUGGAUGUUCUGUAAAACAACUGACAAAACCUUUUCUUUUCUUUUUUAUUUUGAGCGCAUGCAUAGUGGCGACUGCAAUUCACAACACCGUAAUGGGAUCUUGCACGUUUCUUAUAGUCGGCUACAACCUAAGAAUAGAUACAAGCUCCACCCACAGCAAUCACUGUCCCACCUAGAGAGGAUUUGCAUAGGUGCUUCAUCCAAUCACAUUUGCUUGUUCUCGUGACGUCAAGCACUGUUCGUGUGAUUCAGCUAGUUGGUCUGCCAGUACAGACACAUGUUCGUGUCGCUGGUUUUAUGUCGAAAAUAUGAACUUCCUAGCAAAUUUCAUCAGAGAUUGUGUCAACAUUGCUUAGCCACAGGUCAUUUUCUAGUUAGGAACGACAAACCCUUAGUUCUCGACAUGCGUCAUAUUUACAUUUACAGCUCCACCCACAGCAAUCACUGUCCCACCUAGAGAGGAUUUGCAUAGGUGCUUCAUCCAAUCACAUUUGCUUGUUCUCGUGACGUCAAGCACUGUUCGUGUGAUUCAGCUAGUUGGUCUGCCAGUACAGACACAUGUUCGUGUCGCUGGUUUUAUGUCGAAAAUAUGAACUUCCUAGCAAAUUUCAUCAGAGAUUGUGUCAACAUUGCUUAGCCACAGGUCAUUUUCUAGUUAGGAACGACAAACCCUUAGUUCUCGACAUGCGUCAUAUUUACAUUAGCACAGAAAACGUGCUUAUGGCUCUAGAGGAAACCAGCUUGCACGACUCUCUUACAUAGGCGAUUGACAAGCGCGCCGAGGUUUUGCAGGUGGCAUUUGUAUUUAUUCGUAGGUUGUAUCCAUCUAUGGUUUGACGCUCAAUGCCGCAUGACCACCAUUACCAUUAGCAGAGGUGCCAUUGCCUUGCCUUCGUGCGAUUUUAGACCGCAGCUCUUUUGUUUCUGUGGCGUGUGGCGGUUUUCGCUGUUGCACAUUUUUAGCACUAUGUGGUCUGGAGCUGUUGGUUCGGAGCAGUCUACAUGAUGGCAAUGGCAUUGCACCACUCUGGGCAACACCCGAGGUAUUUUUUUUUUGACAAGCCACGAAGGCACAAUAGGGGCGACAGCUUAGUUUAACCUGUAUUUCCACAGUACACUGGGCCUGGAUUUGUUUCGGAUUUAUGCGUGACAUACAAAAGCUGUGAAGGGAGUACCUUGCCGGUGCAGCGUGAAAUCGUGGUCUCUAGUUCUCAGCUUCAACAAACUUUAUUUUUUACAUCAAUGAAAUUAGUUUUCUUUUUAUUUUUUACGUCAAUGAAAUUAGUUUUCUUUUUUGUACUGCAGCACUUUCCAUGUAAAAAUGAAUCCCUCGUCUCCUUUAGUUCACAUAAAUGGUCAAGUUUUAAUGUAACAAUGUUUCAGUAUAACAAAAUAAAUUGCUGAUUUUAAAGACUUCGUUAUACCAAAUUUUAACUGUAUUAGCUUUGUGUCAGCAUGAGUGAAUAUAAAGGAGUGUGGGAGAUAACUUCAAUUUGGGAUCAUAAGCUUGACUUAUAUAGAGUUCCUCAAAAAUACAAGUUGAAAAAAAAGAAAAAGGGGUACAACACAGCUUUUAACAUGAAGUAAUUUUGGAGUGAGGAAUGAAAAAGAGAGUUGGCAGGUACUAGUGCACAGUGGCACCAAUCAUGUGGAGAGAGAAGACAGGCAUGCCCAAUUUAUUAUUGUUUUUCUCUAGUGGGGACACCCUGUAUAUAUAUAUAUAUAUAUAUAUAUAUACAUAUAUAUGUGUGUGUGUGUGUGUGUGUGGGUCAUUUCAUAUUAAGUGUACCAAGUUGUUUUUUGACCAUCUCCAGUCUCGCUGAAAAAAAUCACGUUGUUACACCUUUAUGUGGAAAGCAGUUAUUGCAGCAUCAUUUUUCGGGGUAAAAUUUUCUGGGGCCGAGGGGGCGCUUAAAACUUUGCGCUCGGAAGUCCAUCUGUGUCGUGCAAAAUAAUUUGAAUACAAUUAUUGCUUCUCGCCACUACUAGCACACAUUUUUUUUCUUAUUAAUGCAUUGGCCUUUCAUGACUAUGAUAGUUUGUUCAUCUUUGCAUGAAUUUACAUUAUUUUUCUGCGUGAGGAAACAUUGCGAAAAGCAGCAUAUUUAGGAAUUUUUUUAAAAAGCAGAGAUUUUUUCGUGAGAAAUAUAUAUCAACAUAACAGGCAUCUAUACUAAUGUUAAAAAAUACUGCUUCAUCAAACAAAGCUCAAACCUCGUGCCUAAAUUUCAGCAGAGUUUGAAAAAAAUACAAUUUUAACCACAUUACCUCGUCAUUUUCGCAGUGUAGCGCUCCAAGUAAAAACCUGAAGUAUAAACCAUUUUAUUGCACAAUUUGUUAAUAAUGUAUACCAAAAGUUUCAAAAUAGUAGUUUUUGUUUUAACCGAGAAAAAAAUUUUUGAACUUAACAACCACAUGCCUGUUCUAAGCUUCUUUUUGUUUCGCCGUCGCCUAAGCUAGCGUGCUGCGAAUAAUGCAAGUCACAGAGCUGUCCGUCACAGAUUUCAGUGAUCUGGCUCUGUGCAAUGUCACGUUGACACACCAAUACCACUAAAACAAUGGAACUUUAUGCUGAGUGGAAAAAUACCCAUGACAUCAAGUGUGGAUUUUCUAUGUUUGCGAGCUUGCGGUCAUCAAACUGCUUGGUAGCGGGAGCAAGUGGCACACACUCUGUUUGCGUCUGCAUAGAGCAUCAAAAUUUUAAAUUAAUGAUCCACUGUUCAGGAAUGAAGAAGAUUUUGGAAGAACUGUUAGCCACAAUUGUAUGCAACCCAGAAAAUGAAGACUGCAUGUAUGGGAAGUGUGACGUCUGCCCUGGCACGAAUCAUGCCUAAAGCACGCUCCUUAAAAGCUCAGCCUUUCACACUCGUCUCGAACACAUACAGGUACAACAGUGGGUCAGUGGCCUACGAUGCAAACUCUAAACACUUUUGGUAAUAUCAGAAGGUUUCAGAGAUAAACUUUUAGAGAUGCUAGACAAUGUGAAAAUACAUCAUUACAUCAGCAAAAAGCAAGCAACCUACCUUCGUCAUUGGAAGUCAAAACUCACAAACACUGAACCCCUCGUUCUUCUAGACGUACAGGAUGCUCCACAGGCUUACCAUUGGGUUAAUGAACAAGCAACGCUGCAGCCAUUUGUAGUUUACUGCUGCCCUGACGCAGAAGUUAUAGUGAAAAGUUUUGUUAUUUCUGGAGUGCACAGAACACGAUGCGGUUGCAGUGUCCACCUUCCAGACAGAGCUCUACUGAAGCCACAGUUGCCACAUUUGUCCAAAAUUCUUUAUUUUUCCGACGGGGCUCCAGCCCAAUACAAAAACAAAAGGACCUUGUGAACCUCUGCCAUCAUGAACAAGACUUUGGGAUCAGUGCAGAAUGGCACUUUUAUGCGACAGCUCAUGGCAAGAGCACCUGCGACGGUAUUGGGGGCACAUUGAAACGUCUAGCAGCGCGAGCAAGUCUUCAGAGGUCGUUUGAUCACCAAAUUAUGGCGCCACACGAACUAUUCACAUGGGCUCGAGACAACAUCCAAGGCAUAACUGUUCUUUGGGUGUCAAAAAAGGCUGUUCAACAGAAAAGUGCACAACUGGCCGCUUGGUUUCGUAAAGCGACUACAGUGAAAGGAACACGGACGUAUCGUUACUUUAGACCCUUCUCGCUGACUUCAUUGUGCGCUGGCGUUACGUCAUUUUCAACAACAGUGAUCAUCCAAGUAUCGGAGCAAGCUUUCAAUUAUGAAAGGCAAAAUAAAGGAGGCCUAUUGUUUAACCUAACUAUGAGGUCAUUUAUGUACGGAGUCCUUUUAGAAAGUACAAAGGGGUGUUCAUAGCAGAAUUAUGCAGUCCUCGUUUUGCAGCUGCAAUGUUUAGUGGUACUGGGGUCCUUCACCGAACCACGGAAUACAGAAUACUGUGCUGCGUUUGUUCUCCUUGAUUGGUCAAUUCAGCCUGUCAAAGCAGGACUGACCAAUCAGAGAUCUGGGAUUGGUCAGUUUUGCCUGUCAAGACAGAAUUCAUUAGAUUGGUGCGUCAGUGUGAUGUUGCAUAAAGCCAGAUCACUGAAAUCUGUGACCGAUAGCUUUGUGACUUGCAUUAUUCGUAGCACACUAGCUUGGGCGAUGGGGAAAGGGCAGCCACUCCAACCCGGCGCUGACGUUUUGUGAGGUGAAGGCGAAACAAAAAGAAGCUUAGCGCAGGCAUGUGGUUGUUUAAGUUCAAAAACUUUUUUCUCGCUUAAAACAAAAACUACUGUUUUGAAACUUUUGGUAUAAUUUAUUAGCAAAUUGUGCAAUAAAAUGGUUUAUAGUUCAGAUUUCUGCGAAAAUGCUAAACUGCGAAAGUGCUAAACUGCGAAAAUGACUGCGUAAUGUGGGUAAAAUUGUAUUUUUUUUCAAACCUUGCCGAAAUUUAGGCACGAGGUUUCAGCUUUGUUUGGUGAAGCAUUAUUUUUUUUUUCGUUAGUAUAGGUGCCCGUUAUGUUGAUGUCGUGAUUAUAUUUCUCGCGAGAAAUCUGUGCUUUUUAAAAAAUUCCUAAAUAUGCUGUUUUUCGCUGUGUUUCCUCACGCAGAAAAAUGAUGUAAAUUCAUGCAAAGAUGAACAAACUAUCAUAGUCACGAAAGACCAAUUCAUUAAGAAUAAGAAAAAAAUGUGUGCUAGUAAUGGUGCGAAGCAAUAAUUUUAUUCAAAUUAUUUUGCAGGACAGAUUGCCUUCCGAGCGCAAAAUUUAAAGCACCCCCUAGGCCCCAGAAAAUUUUCCCCUGAAAAAUGAUGCUGCAAUAAUUGCUUUCCACAUGAAGGUGUAACAUGAUUUUUUUCAGCAAGAUUGGAGAUGGUCAAAAAAGAACCUGGUACACUUUAUAUGAAAUGGCCCAUAUAGAUAUAUAUUUCUUGAAAUGGAAUUGAGCUGUAAAGAUCGGAUUUUUUUUAACUUGAAGUUAAUUGUAGAGAGAAAAUAUUGUGUAUGCAAUUAAAAACAUAUAUUUUGUGUGUAUGUGUGAACUGUAAUUGAAUUGAAAGGCUGAAAUUUGUUUUACUUUAAAAAGAACUGAAAGAAGGGUAUGUUUGUGGCUACCUCAUAGUUACACUUAUUGUCCAUAUGCUGGCUGUGUUUGAUGGUUGAAGCUGCAUGAUCUUGCAAGAGGGCUUUGUGACCCCCUCUCAUGAGAGUUGGUAGCCCCAUUGUUAUCACUGUGGCCACGUCAGCCACUUGAUGGGGCCUUUUCGAUGUCUUUUGUGCUCAUAUACAAGCACUGUGAGGUUAUAGAGCUGAAUCAUGAGAAAUUCCAGUGAAAAAACACUAGGGAAGAAAGGACCGUCUUUCUGUCCACUUGCUUGCUUCCUUAGAUUUUUUCUUGUUUUUCGCUGGAAAUUUUUAUAAUGCACUUGGCAUUAUGAGCAAGUAGUGGCUGCUGCAAUAUUAAUCAUUGAUGGGCAUGAUGAGGGCAUGAUGAUGAAUUGCACUGCACCGCAUGUAAAGCCUUGGCGCUCUGUUCUUGAGACCUCUGUUUCCUUCUUUUUUUCUUUUUUUUUUUUUGCACUAGAGCAAACGUAAAGGCUAAGAAAAUAUUGGGGGAUGUACCUUAAAAUCGGUGCUAGUUAAGCAAUUCGCAGUAAAUGAACAUUACUACUGCCUGGCUUUGAUUCUGCUAUUGAAGUGCGCGUCUUACCUACUAUUUGAAAGCAUGAGUAGCGAGAGAGGUGAUUUCCCAUGUGUACACCCAUCAGAAAGAAAGAGAUUGAAGCCACGUAGUAAAAA